ACUAAGCAUUAUAGGAAGAAUACAAAUUGAUGCAAAAAAUAUUUAGAUAAGAGACCGGUCUAAGACCACACAAAAUGCUACCCUUCAUUUUCUUGCUUUCUUCAUAUAAUAAACACAAAAACCACAUACUACAAAGAAAACUGAACAAAAUUUGAAGAAUUAAAAUGGGGUGUACAUCGUCCAAGCAAGUGAAAGCUAACGUCGUCGCCGAUGUUUACAAACCACCGCCGUCAAGUUUCGCCGUGUUUGAUGUCAACGCCAUCCAAGAGCCAUGGCUAAAAUUUGAACAUGAAGAUGAUGAGAAACCGCCACGCUCCACCGUCUUCGACACUCUCGAGGAGGAUGAUGAUGAUGAUGAUGAUGAUGACGCUCCAAAAACAUGGGAUGAAGUCAGCAAAUCUCUAGAAACUAAACUUAAACCUGCCGCCGAUAAACCGCCGGAAGUUGUCUCCGUUAAACCUCCGGCAACUCCUCCACGACGGCUUCCGCGGAAGAGCGCAUCGUUCCACACACUGGACGAGCUUGAAACCAGGGCCAAAAGACAAAUCGCCGCGCAAAUCCCGACGACGGUGGUUAAGCUUAAGAGAACCGAGUCGAUGUCCGAGCUAAGACCCGAGUCAGAUGAUCGGACGGAGUCCACUCAGUCGUCCUACUCAGGGCCUCGGUCAGUGAAGGAGAACAUAUUCGUCAAGAGAGACAGAGAACGGAGGGAGAAAGAAGGGAACAAGAAACCGGUGAUGAACUGGGACCCACUUAGGGAGUUCCCGGAGAAGUGUCCUCCGCGAGGAGGGGAAGGUUUGGUUGUCUACACGACGUCAUUGCAAGGAGUGCGUCGCACGUACGAGGAUUGCAUGCGUGUGAGGGCCAUCAUGGAGCAGCAAGGAGUGGUGGUGGACGAGAGGGACGUGUCUUUAGACGCCGGAGUCUUGAGCGAGCUUAAGGAGCUCCUCCAAGACGAAGCAUCGGUGGCGCCGCCGAGAGUGUUUGUGAAAGGGAGGUAUUUGGGAGGAGCGGCGGAAGUGACAGCGAUGAAUGAGCACGGGAAGUUAGGGAGGGUGUUGAGGUGGGCACGUGUGGAGAGAGUAGGGGAGGAAGGGAGGCUCACGUGUGAAGGGUGCGGAGGAGCGAGGUGGUUGCCUUGUUUUGAAUGCGGCGGAAGCUGUAAGGUGGCUGCGGUUGGGGCGGCUAAAGGUGAAAGGUGGGAGAGGUGUGUCAAGUGUAAUGAGAAUGGAUUGAUUCGUUGUCCCGUUUGUUUUGUUAAUUAAGAACAUGAAUAUAGUUUACACAAGCAAAUAGAGGUGUGUCAAAUAUACGUUGUCUUGUUUGUUCUGUUAUAUGUAUGCGACAGGUUUGAUUAUUUCUUAAUGUGGCAAAUUGAAAAUGAUUUGAAACUA